GAACCCGACGUGGGCCUCUACAUAGUAUAUUUUGUCUCCCCAAUUUGGGGCUCAAGGAAGCACACUGUGUUUGGCGCCCAAGUGAGGCCUUAGACGUGGGGUUCUGGACAUUAAGCCCUAUUCUCAGCAGCUCAACUGACAGGAGUGUCAAGUUCAGUGGAGAAGUCCCCAAGACCUGUGAAGACUCUGAUCAUCCCCAGGCAGCAGAUGGAGCCCAUGGAGGGUGUGACGUCUGGCUUUCCCAUGGCCCCCAUUCAGGAACCAGUGACCUUCCAGGAUGUGGCCGUGGACUUCAGCUGGGAGGAGUGGAGGAUCCUGGAGCCUACCCAGAGGGCCCUGCACAGGAACGUGAUGCUGGAGAACUACCAGAACCUGGUCUCUGUGGGGAUUCCUGUUUCCAGACUGGAUCUGAUCUCUGUGUUGGAGAAGCAAGAAGGAGCCUCGAGUCCCAAGAGCAGAAACACCAGUGGGUCUCAUCAAGAUGUACUUACUGAUCAUCAGAGAACUCACCCUGGAGAGAAACCCUUUGUGUGUAAGGAAUGUGGGAAAGGUUUUAGGCACAGGAACUAUCUUACUAUUCAUCAGAGAAUUCAUACGGGAGAAAAACCCUUUGAAUGUGAGGAAUGUGGAAAAACCUUCAGCCAGAAACAAUACCUUACUGAUCAUCAGAGAACUCACACUGGAGAGAGACCAUAUGGUUGUAAGAAAUGUGGAAAAGCCUUCACCCAGAGAGGAUACCUUACUGUACAUCAGAGAACUCACACUGGAGAGAAACCAUUUGUAUGUAAGCAAUGUGGAAAAACCUUCAGCCAUCCAGAAUGCCUUCCUGUACAUCAGAGAACUCACACUGGAGAGAAACCAUUUGUAUGUAAGGAAUGUGGAAAAGCCUUCAGCCAGGGACAAAACCUAAUUCGUCAUCAAAGAAUUCACACUAGAGAGAAACCAUUUGUUUGUAAGGAAUGUGGAAAAGAGUUUAGUCAGAGGAACAAUCUCACUGUUCAUCAGAGAGUUCAUACUGAAGACAAACCCUUUGUAUGUGAGCAAUGUGGGAAAAGUUAUACGCAGAGGAACAAUCUCACUAUUCAUCAGAGAGUUCAUACUGGAGAGAAACCCUUUGUAUGUAAUGAGUGUGGGAAAGGCUUUAGUAGGAACUCUAGCCUUAUUACUCAUCAGAAAAUUCAUACUGGAGAGAAACAGAAUUUGUUGAAAUAGAGAGAUUUCAGAGAGGAACUACCCUUCACUGUCACCAGAGAAUUUAUAUGAUUCUGGCAACUCAGUAGGAGAAAAUUCUAUUCUUCCUAAAAUAAUUCAUUGUGGCUCUUUUUGCUUAACAUGCACUUCUCAACUUGGGCCUUUUUCAUACCUCCAAAUCCAACACAUGAAAAAACUGACAUUGUCUGAGUUGUUUCACAUUGGGUUAAACAUACUUGUA